GACGAAGCAUGCUGGUAGGAGGAGUAGAGCGCGCUGUGUUUGCGCGCGAAAUUGGGUUCGGUGGUGUCCGGGCUGUGUGGUGCGCGAGUUGAAGGAGCUGGGAUUCCCAGGCUUACUUGGAGAAAAUGCAGUUUACUGGAAGAGGGAGACGAAAGUUUUCAAGGCUGGCAGGUGAUGCACGAGGAGAUCUGUAUCCUCAUAGCCUUCAAUUCUACCUGCAACCUCCUACUGAAAAUAUCUCUCUAGUGGAAUUUGAAAAUUUUGCUGUUGAUAGACUUAAAUUGCUUAAAUCAGUUGAAAAUCUGGGUGUGAGUUAUGUGAAAAAGUCUUCAGAGUACAAAAGCAAACUGGAAACAGAACUUCGAAGACUUAAAUUUCCAUACAGAGCACUGGUUGAAGAUGAUUAUGAAGCAAGAAGAAAAGAUCAUAUUUCUCAUUUCAUACUGCGUCUUGCCUACUGCCAAUCGGAGGACCUCAGACGGUGGUUUAUCCAACAAGAAAUGGACCUCUUCCGCUACAGAUUCAAUCAGUUAAAUGACCAGUUGGUUGAAAAAUUCCUUGAAUAUGUUAAUUUAGCAUAUGAUGCAAUUGAUGCAACCGAAAAGACCAGUAUUGCAGACAAAUUAGUAAAUUCGACUUCUGGAUUAAAUAUUCCUAAAGUAGAAGAAAUGGUAUUCUAUAAGGUUCCUUUUUGUGAUGCUGUAGAUUUAGUUCGUGUAAGAAGAGUUUACUUCCAUGGUGGCUGUGCUUAUGUACCUCAUCAAGAUAUCAUUACCAUUGUCCUGAACAAUUACAGAACAAAGCUGUCAAAAGCCCUGGCACUAACAGCACGAUCGUUGCCUGUUGUACAAGCUGAUGAGAGACUCCAACCUCUACUCAGUCACCUCAGUCAUGCAUAUGUUGGUCCAGAUUACAACAUUCAAAAAAAUACUGGGAAAAUUUCAUUAGAACAAAUUGAUGCUCUUUCAGUUAAAUCAUUUCCUCUCUGCAUGCGUCAGUUGCACAAGGCUCUGCGUGAUAAUCAUCAUCUCCGUCAUGGAGGCCGUAUGCAAUAUGGUUUGUUUCUUAAGGGAAUUGGUUUGACACUAGAACAAGCUCUGCAGUUUUGGAAAUCUGAGUUCAUCAAAGGAAAAGUGGAUGCAGACAAGUUUGACAAAGGAUAUGCUUACAGCAUCCGGCAUAACUAUGGAAAAGAAGGAAAGCGAACUGAUUAUACUCCAUACAGCUGCAUGAAAAUUAUCCUGUCCAAUCCACCAGGCCAAGGGGAUUAUCAUGGGUGCCCAUUCCGCCACAGUGAUCCUGAGCUGCUGAAGCAGAAGCUGCAGGCAUAUAAAGUUCCUUCCACUGGGAUCAGUCAGAUUUUGGACCUGGUGAAGGGUAUGCAUUACCAGUUGGCCUGUCAGAAAUACUUUGAACUGACACACAAUGUGAGUGGAUAUUUUAAUUUUCUUUCAGUGCAUCUUUUUAUCAGUCAGUGUCCUCCAGAAUAA